CAAUUAAUGGACAACCGACAACACUGUGCGACAAUCAUUCAAAAAGCAUGGUUCUCUUAUCACAACAAACAGAUAUUUAAGAUCUUUAAAUUUGCAAUAAAAAUCUUGGUUUGUAAACAUCUUUUACAUUAAGUUCUAGGAAAACCUGCCAAAAAAACAUCUCCUUAAAAUACUUUUACCUGAGGACUACCGAAUUUUAAUCUCAGAUAGAUUAUGUGACACGGCUAUUUUAUUUAGGUAACUAAUAGUAUUAUUAUUACUUCGAAAAUUUUGGUUGGAUGGGGUAAAAUUUCCCCCGGUCAUAUGUUUCAAAGUAAAUGUGAAGAAUAUUUCUUGUUCAUUUACUAAUAUUUCUCCUGUGAGUUUAUUUAAUGCAAACAAUGUAAGAUUACGUAAAACGUUUCACGUGUUCAGAUUACGAAGUGUGUCGUGCAAUCAGUCGGUAGAAGAAAAUACCUCGAUCUAGUGUUUGAAGAUUCAAGUGCUUAUUUCCAACCUCAUUUUAUGAAAGAGAGGUGUCUUUCAGAUGUUCUAAUUACACGAAAGCGUUUCAUUGAAGAACUUCCGGCUGCCUACGGAGGGCAUCAGAAUCACUGGCGUCAUUUGGAUGGUAAAGUUGUCGAAAGGUUGGAUUAUUUAUCUGAUGUACUUGAAUUAACAUCACUGAACUGCAAGCCAAAUUUGAAGCGUAUUAUCAACUUGCUUACUACAACAGUACAGCCUGAAGUAUUAGGUCCGAUGUCACGAUACAAACUGCUUCAAAUGAAACAAAAAUUGGUUCAAUGUGGUAAGGCAAAGAAUAAAUUAGAGCAACACAGAAAAAAAACCCAAAAACAGAUGAAUUAUUUUAAUAGUUACAGUAAAGUCCCGAGAAAUAUGAAUUGUAUACAGAACUCACUCAAUAAAAAAACCGAUCUGCUUGCUCAUGAAUAUUUGGAUGAAAUGUCUGAUAAACUAGAAGAAGCAGAACAGUUGUACAAAUGGAGUCAAUGUCUACCUCAGUUGUGAUUUAAAAGAACAGACUUUGUUUACUAAGAGUAUGUUUUGAGUAAAAGAGAAAAAAAUAGAGAAAUAACUUUAAUAAAUG